UUGUGGCUAUAAAUACAUGUAGCUGAAGGAUUAGCCCCCAUGAAUGGAUUUUCUGGAUAAAAGUGUGCGCAGAGUGGCUCCGCUUCUCACUUGUGCGCCUCGUUAUUGCCGCGUCCAGGGCUCAGCGCGUGUAAUGGGAAGCACUACCUCCCUCCUUCAUGCGUAAAUUAUGUAGGGCAGGACGGGAAUGCUGUGCUACCUCCAUUUGAGAAAACCCGGCCGGUGAAUGUGUGAGGGGGGGGAAAAAAAGGAAAAAGAAAUCACAAAAGCCAACCUUGUCUUCAAGCAGCGUUUGACAGAAGCGCAGUAGCGCAUCACGACUUGUCUAUUGUGAAGCCAAGGAGAAGAAAAGAUGGACAUCACGGAUCAAGGAGCUCAAAUGGAGCCGCUCUUACCAACGGAACAAAGUUCCCAAGAAAGCAAAGAUGUGAGAACCGAUGAGGAGGCAGUGGUGGACCGCGGGGGCACUCGCUCCAUGCUCAACACCAACUUUGAGAAGGAAGAACUAGAAGGCCACCGCACUCUCUACAUCGGGGUUCACGUUCCCCUGGGCAGGAGGUCGCACAGACGUCACCGUCACCACGGACACAGACACAGGAAGAGGUCCAAGGAGAGGGACUCGUCAGCUGAUGAUGGAAGAGAAUCCCCCUCACACACAGACACACCAGCUCAGAGGGUGCAGUUUCUUUUGGGGACAGAGGAUGGCGACGAGGAACACAUACCCCACGCCCUGUUUACCGAGCUGGACGAAAUCUGCCUCAGGGAGGGCGAGGACGCCGAAUGGAAAGAGACAGCCAGGUGGCUUAAGUUUGAGGAGGACGUUGAGGAUGGUGGUGAACGGUGGAGUAAACCCUACGUAGCCACUCUUUCUCUACACAGUCUUUUUGAGCUUCGCAGCUGCAUCAUGAACGGCACCGUGAUGCUGGACAUGAGGGCCAACUCGCUGGAGGAGAUUGCAGACAUGGUUCUGGAUCAGCAUGAGGUGUCGGGCCCUGUGGGACAGGAUGCCAGGAAGAGGAUCCGCGAGGCCCUGCUCAAACAGCACCACCACCAAAACCACAAGAAACUGGCAAACCGCAUACCUAUUGUACGCUCCUUUGCUGAUAUUGGCAAGAAGCAGUCUGAACCUCAUUCCAUGGACAAGAAUGGCCAAACAGUCUCACCUCAGUCCCAGCCUGCUAACAAUGAGGGCAAACAGGACGUCAGCCGAGAAAACAGUGCCGUGGACUUCAGCAAGAUUGACCUCCACUUCAUGAAGAAGAUCCCUCCUGGUGCUGAGGCAUCCAACGUGCUGGUGGGGGAGCUGGAAUUCCUAGACCGCCCUGUGGUAGCCUUCAUCCGCCUGGCUCCUGCUGUGCUGCUCAACGGCCUGGCUGAGGUUCCCAUCACCACCAGGUUUCUUUUCAUCCUGCUUGGCCCUCUGGGAAAAGGUCCACAGUAUCAUGAGAUUGGCCGGUCUAUUGCUACCCUGAUGACUGAUGAGAUCUUCCACGAUGUUGCGUACAAGGCCAAAGACAGGAAUGACCUGGUGGCAGGCAUCGAUGAGUUUCUGGACCAGGUGACAGUGUUACCUCCUGGAGAGUGGGACCCCUCCAUCAGAAUAGAGCCUCCCAAAAAUGUGCCCUCUCAGGAAAAGCGGAAGAUUCCCCCUGUUCCCAAUGGAGUGACAGAUCUUGGAGAGUCGGAGGAACAUGGAGGGCACGGUGGCCCUGAGCUCCAGCGCACUGGGAGGAUAUUUGGCGGGUUAAUCUUGGACAUCAAGAGAAAGGCUCCUCACUACCUUUCCGACUACACCGAUGCCAUCAGUCUGCAGUGUCUGGCCUCAUUCCUCUUCCUCUACUGCGCCUGCAUGUCACCUGUCAUCACCUUUGGAGGACUCCUGGGCGAGGCAACAGAGGGGCGCGUGAGUGCUAUUGAGUCCCUGUUUGGGGCCUCCAUGACUGGGAUAGCCUACUCUCUUUUUGCCGGUCAGCCCCUCACCAUCCUGGGCAGCACGGGGCCUGUUCUUGUCUUUGAGAAAAUCCUCUUCAAGUUCUGCAAGGAGUAUGGCCUCUCCUACCUCUCCCUGAGGGCCUGUAUUGGCCUGUGGACGGCCUUCUUCUGUCUGCUGCUGGUGGCCACUGAUGCCAGCUCGCUCGUCUGUUACAUUACACGCUUCACUGAGGAAGCUUUUGCUGCGCUGAUCUGCAUCAUCUUCAUCUACGAGGCCCUGGAGAAGCUGCUCCACCUGGGGGUGCACUACCCCAUCAAUAAAAACAACAACCUUCAGAAACUCACACAGUACUCGUGUGCGUGUGUGGAGCCCCGGGACCCCAGCAAUGAGACCCUGCAGUACUGGGAGGAGAGAAACAUCACAGCCUCCCAGGUCAACUGGACCAUGCUGGAGGUCAACGAGUGCGAGAUGUUUCACGGGGAGUUUGAGGGCAGCGCCUGUGGCCCCCACGGCCCCUACAUCCCCGACGUCCUCUUCUGGUGCGUGGUCCUCUUCUUCUCCACCGUCUUCAUGUCCGCCUUCCUCAAGGAGUUCAAGACGAGCCGCUACUUCCCCACCAAGGUGCGGGGCAUCAUCAGUGACUUUGCCGUCUUCAUCACCAUCCUCACUAUGGUCUUUGUAGAUUAUGCCUUGGGGAUCCCCUCACCUAAAUUACAGGUCCCCAGCAAGUUCAAACCAACCAGGGAUGAUCGUGGCUGGCUUAUAAACCCUGUGGGACCCAACCCCUGGUGGACCACCAUCAUCACCUUCCUCCCUGCUCUGCUCUGCACCAUCCUCAUCUUCAUGGACCAACAGAUCACAGCCGUUAUUAUUAACAGGAAGGAGCACAAACUGAAGAAAGGCUGUGGCUACCACCUGGACCUGUUUGUGGUGGGGGUAAUGCUGGGCGUGUGCUCGGUGAUGGGACUGCCGUGGUUCGUGGCAGCCACUGUGCUCUCCAUCUCCCACGUGAACAGCCUGAAGCUGGAGUCUGAGUGCUCGGCCCCUGGAGAGCAGCCCAAGUUCCUGGGCAUCCGAGAGCAGCGCUUCACCGGCCUCAUGAUCUUCACCCUGAUGGGCUGCUCCGUCUUCAUGACCUCUGUGCUGAAGUUUAUCCCGAUGCCUGUGCUGUAUGGAGUCUUUCUGUACAUGGGAGCUUCCUCACUCAGAGGCAUUCAGUUCUUCGACCGUCUCAGGCUGUUCAGCAUGCCGGCCAAACAUCAGCCAGACUUCAUCUACCUUCGUCACGUCCCACUGAGGAAGGUGCACCUCUUCACCAUCGUCCAGCUGAGCUGCUUGAUCCUGCUAUGGGUCAUCAAGACCUCCAAGGCCGCCAUCGUCUUCCCCAUGAUGGUCUUGGCCCUGGUGUUCAUUCGUAAGCUGCUGGACUUCAUGUUCACCAAGAGAGAGCUGAGCUGGCUGGAUGACCUGAUGCCAGAGUGGAAGAAGAAGAAACUGGAAGAUGCUGAACAAGAGGAGGAGCACAGUAUUAUUGCAGAGGAAGAAGGCAUUGUACAAGUGCCAAUGGAGGAAAACUUAAAGAGUGACCCAGCCACAGUGAACAUCACCGAUGAAAUGUCCAAAGGAUCUUUCGGGAAUGUGUGGAAGAGUGUCAACCCUACUGAGACCACUAAGAAGGAACCAAGCGCUAAAAGCUCCCCUUCCUAACCUCUCAGAAGCUGAUAUCCCAAAGUUGUUCCAGUGGCAGCGAAAAGCGACACAAGCGCCGGAAGCAUGAGAAGAGCUUGGACAGGGAGACAAGUUUGUGAUGACACAUACUGGUGGUGCCACUGUGCUGUCAAUCAGUAGAUCAAAAAAUAUAAAAAAACAAAAGACACAAAAAACAAUACCGUGCCACACUCAACCACCUUUGUACUGUGCUACACUGUGUUUUUGUCAUGUAAGUCUGUGUGCAAGUUGUGUAAAACAAAGAAUAAUUUGUUAGAAACAGUAUUAACACGAGGAACCGAGACACAUUUGUGUUCUUUUUCUAUGUAUAUCUAUGUUUUGGUGAUACCAGCAACAGAAGGAAGCCAGAAUUAUAUGACACCUACAGUAACUGCUGUGUCAAUGGGCCAAUUAAGUAAAAAUUUUAAACAUUUUUAAAUAUUCUUUAUUUGUAUUUUGUAUGUUUUUAUAUUUUUCCAAUAACAACAAUUGCGAGUUGUCCUUUUAAAAACCUGCCACAUCAAACUGCAAACGUGUGGAUUUGUGUGCAGUAUUUAAUGCCGCUAUUUACUUGAUGCACCACACAAUAGAAAACCUAAAGAGUAGAUAAUUGCCAAUAGUAAUCUAUUUCACUGGUAUCUUAAAGAGUUGGCUCUAUAGCGAAUCUAGUAAUUUUUUGAAAGUAUUAAUUAUACAUUUUCUAUAUUCUGUAUAUCUAAAUGUUUUUGUGACAGUGACAGCUCAUAUCACUCCGGAGUCUUCUCCAUUGCAAUUUUACAAAUUAAUUUCUCUCUUCCAGUGAAGCAUUUCCCCAAACGAGUUAAAGGAGUAGUUUGACAUUCUGGGAAAUACACUUAUGCCUUUUCUUGCCGAGAGUUAGACAAGAAGAUCGAUACCACUCUCAUGCCUGUAAGCUACAGCCAGCAGCCAGCUAGCUUAGCUUAGCACAAAGACUAAAAAUGGUGAAAUGGCUAAAGUACCAAAACCUGCCGAAAGCUCACUAAUUAACACUUUUUAUCUAGUUUGUAUAACACAGAAUUAUAAGAACAGCUAGCGAUAGAUAGCUAUCAGUCCUCUCAUCUAACUCCUGGCAAGAAAGUGAAUAAGCACAUUUCCCAGAAUACCCUAUUCCUUUGACGGCAGUAAACUUUCGGGGGCAGCUUAUUGGAAAUUUUCCUUUUAAAGCUAGCAUGGCGGCAUAGUUGGGGGACUUUCAGUAUCUUCGGCUACAUGGCCUUGGCUUUUUAAAAACAUUCGUCAAAUUUGCAAAUGCUGAACUUUAGGGUGACUGUACAGAAAGCUUUAUGUUUUCCAGGUUCAUACUCUUCGUCAUCUUGUCAGUAAGUGUCAUCCAUGGACAUCUGAUCUCCUAUCCAAAUGACCCUCAAUGUGUUAGCAUCUGAAGCUAAUUGUUUUUAAAAAAAAAAACACCUGCAUGACGACUUGCCUCGCUGCAGGACCAUGGUUACUUCUAGAGAUGCAAUAAAUCCCUUUUUCUGGGAAGGGCAACAUGUAAUAAACGGUAAAGAGUCUUAACAGUGUAUAAUACAUAGUAUAUUUUAUUCAUGUAAAAUGUUACUAAUAUAUUACUAACAUGAAUUCAGUGUUGAAGGCAGGUUUUUGUUGUAGAUGUUCUUUUCCCAUUGUCUAAUUGAUGGUUCUUAGUUGGUUAGAGAAACUAAUAAUAGGUCAAAAUUAUAUCAAUAUCAAAUGUUUUGACCACUUCUGUGUGGAACUCUGCCUUAAAUUUGGUAGUGAUAGCUGUACACUUUCUGUUUAAUAAUUUAAGUCACCUGUAUAGAAAACUAUCAGUUCGGAUCUGUUGUUAUAUUGUGAUUUGUUUCACGAGAACGAGAGAGUGAGUGACUGAGAGCGUAAAUAAAGAUGUUAAACAAA